GCAUGGGAUUGGCUAUAUAAAACUUUUCAAUGUCACGAUCGUCAUUACGAUAUCAAACCGCAGCUAUUUAAAGUCAUAAAGAACUAAGUGGAUUCAGGACGAGGAAGUAAAGCGUAUUUGAUGCAUAUCAACUUCCUAUUUGCAAUGAGAUUUGUAGCAAUGGGAAACGACACGGAUUAUCAGUCACUGUUAUUAGAGAGAUACUCCGAUAUUUCUCUCAGCAGUUCUAUCCUGAUUGUAAUUGGUGCUGUGAUCGGGAUCAUCGGAAACUCUACUAUUGUUAUUUUCUACCUGUUCCGUAUCAAGGAGAGAGGAGAGCGCUACUUCAUCCCGUUACUGGCUAUCGUUGAUCUUGUGGCAUGUUUCACUAGCCCUCCUUUCUACAUCAUGGAUAAUACGUUCUUCUACAAUUACCCAAACGAUGCCGCUUGUCGAGUGUUAUCUUUUCUACAAACAUGCGUACCAGGAGCGUCUGCUCACGUGCUACUCAUUAUAUCCAUUCAAAGGUACCUACUAGUGUGCAAGCCGUUCGGUCCAAAAAUGACGUUAUUUUGGAAAAGAAUUUUGUUUGCACUAGCGUGCGGGUUUGCAGUGUUGUACUCUGCUCCUCUCUUAGCAACAUCCGGGGUUCUACAGACGGUGGAUACGUUUAUGAACCACAACGUAACAACAGAAAUAUGCAAAUUUUCAGUCGAUACGUCACCUAGAAUUACUGCGUAUUUCGGAUUAUUGGCUCUCAUAAUGGUCGCAAACCUUGUUGUUACGGCCGGACUGUAUGCCCCUGUCUUAAAACAGGUAAAACAUUCUUUUCGAUCUAAAUUGAAAGUAAUCGAGAAAAGUAAAGAAACCAAUCCUAUAUCUGAAACAGAGUCGUCCAAUGUAACCCAGUCAACUGAAACAGAAAUAGGCAGUGUAGAACACAUAAAAGAAAGAAAAGAAAGUAGACCCAUAAAACUGAGUGAGAUAAAAUAUAACAGUAAUAAAAAAGUACACCAUGAGACUACUCAAGAGUCAUCAGACGCUACUUCAAAAAACUAUCUUCAUCAUAAGGGUCCGGAUAAUCAGGAUGAAAACACAGAAAAUAAACACUCCAAAUGCAAAGGGGAAUCCGUGCAGAGACGAAUCACAAUAAUGUUCCUUGUGAUAAUCAUUGCUUACGUGUUGUCCUACAUCCCACCACUUGUCAUCUUGAUCCUGUCGUAUGCUAUUGAAGAUUUCAAUUUCAUUACACUGUCGGAAGGUCAAACAGUCGCUUGGAUCUAUUUAGCUCGAUUUAUUUUUCUGAACCACAUUGUCAAUCCUUUCAUUUAUGGUUAUUUUGAUGCGAAAUUUAGAGAACAGCUACAGAAGCAUUUUAGGAAAUGGAAAGCAUGUUUGAUUUGUCAUUUUAAAGGCUAAUGGAGAAUCAAAAUACUUGAAAACAGUUGUAAAAACGUUUAUAAAAUUAAUUGAUUGCAAUAAUGCGUGAGAUCGAUUGAGGUUUAAUUUAUGGUUAUAAUGUUAGACAAUAUCUCGAUAGAAUCCGUGCGUAUUUAGAUACUUUAUGCUCCAUUUAUUAGUAUUUGACAUGUUUCAUGAUAGAAUCAAUUUUCCAUAUAUCUCAGAGCUAUGGACACCUGUAUUGUAAUCAUUGUAACCUCAUUUAGUUCAGCAUUGAAAACGUAUUUAACCCAGUAUUGGAACUUUUCCAAUUAACAGAAAAAAUGUUAUGCAUAUUUGAUAGCAUGUAUAAUUUAAUGUAUUUACCAUGGAAUAAAAUGAAGGAAUUAGCUAUAGAUGA